UGCAUCAUCUCAACCAUGAAGGUGCUGAUUGUGUCUCUACUGGUCUGUGCCAUGAUGGCUCUGACCAGAGCUGCUGGGAAAAGUCACAUCGUCAAGAGGUCUUCAUCUUGUCCAAGUGGUUGGACUGGCUACAACGGUCGCUGUUUCCUCUACGUUCCAACAGCCAUGACUUGGGCGGAUGCUGAGAAAAACUGUCUGUACCACGGUGGAAACCUCGCAUCAGUGCACAGCUUCGAAGAGCAUCACGUGAUUCAGAGUAUGAUACUGCGGAUCACUCAUAUGUAUCCCCUCACAUGGCUUGGAGGCUCCGAUGCACAACAGGAGGGUUCCUGGUUCUGGAGUGAUGGUACACCUUUUAGGUUCAACUUCUGGUCUCCAGGACAGCCUGAUAAUCGAGGGAAUGCACACUGUCUGUUGAUGAACUUUGGAGAUCAGAAUAAAUUUGACGAUCAGCCCUGCAGUUUCCGCAUGCCGUCCGUCUGUGCUAAAAGGCAAUAACAUGUCUUAGGAUAACAGAGAAACAUGCAUUACCCAUCACAACCACAGGAGUUGGAGUUCUGUGUCUUUAUCAUCUGAAGCCUCUUGAAUCUAGUAAUCCAUACUUUUUCCCUACUUUUUUCAUUGCUUAAAGAAUGUAGCCUUUUAGGCAUUUCAUUCUGAAGACUUAACUGUUUUUUCUUGUCUGAAACAAUUAAAAGGCUCAAGCAU